AUGAAAUCAAAAUUAAACAUACUACUUUUGCUAUUGUCCAUUUUUAUUGCUGUUUCUUAUCAGGCAAAUUGCCCGAUACUUCUGUGUGAUGAUGAAGAUCAGAGUAUGGAGGGGAAAUGCUUUCAUGCUUUCUAAGCAUCAGAUGGAAUGAUUAAAACCAUUAAGCUUAAGAGCUGUAACACAGAUGCUCAGGAGCUGUGCUUCAUUCAAAACGGAAAGUAUGUUUGGGUUGAUGCAAAUCUUCAAUUCAUUAGGCAAAUUAAACCAAACUACGAUCCAACCAAAGAAGAUUCAUAAUUUUACAAUAAGUUAUCAGUGGCUAGCUGUAGAUCAAAAUAAGAUAUAGUGACUACUAGACUGCUAGCCGGUAGGAAAUGUUUAUACGAUUAUCAAUGUGUUAGCAGAGUAUGCGAUACUGAUACCAAUGUCUGCACAGGCCUACCUUUUGGUUCAACCUGCAGUGAUCACUCUUAAUGUGAUGCUGAUUUAUCAUGCAGAAUUUAAUCAGUGUGGCCAUUUGCAAGUUCUUGUCAGCCUAGAGGAGAGGUAGGCUCAUUCUGUUUAAAUGACUUCGACUGCAAGUCUAGAAAUUUUUGCUGGAAAAUAUAUUCAAAGGAUGACAAAAUUUGCCUUGAAAAGCAUAAUGCACCCUGGGGAUUCUAGUUUUACUGGGACAAUAAUACCUAUCCUUCUAUGAAUAAGAAUUCCAUAUUGUUUCAUGGUUAGUACUGCUAGAGUGGCUAUGCUAUACAAGUAAAUCAAAACAUAGCUCAAUGCGUCAAUGUAACUAGCAUUAGCUUGACAAACAACAAAAAUUACAUUGAAGCCCCUUACCAAUGCAGUCCAGGAGUAUCAACUUGCAAAUACUUUUCAGCCGAUAACAUAGUUUAGUUUGAGCUUUAAUGUGAGUGCGGCUUAGAAACAAUAGGUGAUGGAUUCUGCCCCUUGCCUGUGCUCUCAGAGAUGCAAAAAUAUAUUAACUCAAUAAAGAAAGUAUGGUACCAAGAUAACUGCCAUACCUAUGAUAGAUCUAAUUUCUACGCCUAAGUAGAUUGUGGAGUGGGAAACAAUGAUGAUACUUUAAAGGAUGCUGUGAAUCUACAAUUCAAAAUCUCUUACUAUCCCUUCCUCCAUAAGAAACAAGAAUGCCUUGAAAAAGUUCUUCCAGACUCAGCAAGUAAUGUCUUUAUUUGA